AUGAGCACUUCAAACCAUUCUUUAGUGACUGUGUUUAUCCUUGAAGGGUUAACCAAGCAGCCAGAGCUCCAGCUGCCCCUCUUCCUCCUGUUCCUUGGAAUAUAUGUGGUCACAGUGGUGGGGAACCUGGGCAUGAUCUUGUUAAUUUCUGUCAGUUCUCAACUUCGCUCUCCAAUGUAUUAUUUUCUCAGUCAUUUGUCAUUCAUUGAUUUCUGCUACUCCACGGUCAUUACUCCUAAGAUGCUGGUGAACUUUGUGUCAGAGAAGAACAUGAUUUCCUUUCUGGAGUGCCUGACUCAGCUUUAUUUCUUCCUUAUUUUUGUAAUUGCAGAAGGUUAUCUUCUGACGGCCAUGGCAUAUGACCGUUAUGUUGCCAUCUGUAGCCCCCUGCUUUACAAUAUUGUCAUGUCCCAUAGGGUCUGUUCCACAGUGAUGGCUGUGGUGUACUUACUGGGUUUGUUUGGGGCCACAGUCCAUACUACCCUCAUGUCAAUGUUGUCCUUCUGUGGGUCUCAUAUUGUCCGUCAUUAUUUUUGUGAUAUUCUGCCCCUGUUGGCUCUUUCUUGCUCUAGUACCCACACCAAUGAGAUACUGCUGUUUAUUAUUGGAGGAGUUAAUACCUUAGCACCUACCCUGGCUGUCCUCCUCUCUUAUGCUUUCAUCCUCUCCAGUAUCCUCCAUAUUCGCUCCACUGAGGGCCGGUCCAAAGCCUUUGGCACUUGCAGCUCCCAUCUCACAGCUGUGGGAAUCUUCUUUGGGUCUAUAACAUUCAUGUAUUUCAAGCCCCCUUCUAACAAUACUAUGGAGCAGGAGAAGAUGUCCUCUGUGUUCUACACCACGGUGAUCCCCAUGCUGAAUCCCCUGAUCUACAGCCUGAGGAACAAGGAUGUAAAAAAUGCACUAAGGAAGGUGGUUGGGGGAGUAUAG